AUGACUGGGGACAUCGGUGAGCAGGCCACUUGCACCACCUGCACGUUCUCCGAGGACUUCUCGAACUACUGGACUGCCUCCAUGUACUUCAAGCAUCCCAACGGAUCGUACAAGGCUGUUCCCAUCAUGCAGAACACUGCUCUCCCGAACGGAAUCAACGGUGGGAUGACCGUCUACUAUACUCAGCAAGACUUCUUCAACAACGGAAACCAGAAGAUCACUGCGUUCCCUCCCGGUUUCCGCAUGGUCAUUGGCAACCCGACCGCCAACGGGAGGCAGUCCGCUGGUCUUAAGUUCGUAUGUUUGAACGACAAGGGCACUCGUUUCCCUGAGCUCGACACCUUCCCCACGAGCCCAUGCAGGGCUGGUAUCAUGACUGUCCACCACUUCCCCGCAUGCUGGGAUGGGAAGACCCUCGACCCUCCCGACCACCAGUCUCACAUGUACGACACCGUCAGGGGUGCCUUCCAGAACGGCGGCCCUUGCCCUGCUUCUCAUCCCGUCCGGGUGCCCCAGGUCGCCUACGAGACCCUCUGGGACACCACCCAGUUCAACAACAUGUGGCCUUCCGACGGUUCCAACCCCUUCGUCAUGAGCUACGACGACGACCGUGGCUAUGGAACUCACGCUGACUACGUCUUCGGCUGGAAGGGCGACUCCCUCCAACGUGCCAUGGACUCCAACUGCAUGUUCAACGCCUGCGAGAACGGACGACCUCUUAAGUCCCAGAGCGUCCAGCAGAUGAAUGCCUGCCGAAUCCCGGACAUGGUUGGAGAGGACAUUGGUGCCAACGGAUGGAUCUCUCGUCUCCCUGGCUCAGGGCAGCAGGAGAACCCCAACCCUCCCGUCGUCGUUCCUCCCACCCAGCCCACCAAUCCCCCCGUCGUCAACCCACCUGCUCCCGGCGGCACCGUCCCCCGAUUCGGCCAAUGCGGCGGCCAAGGAUACACUGGACCGACACAGUGUGUUGCCCCAUACACCUGCCAGGUCACCAACCAGUGGUACUCUCAGUGCCUGUAA